AUGCGCGGCCUUGCUCAGGCUGCCAUGGUGCUAGCACCGACGUUGGUGUUGGCUCAUGGACCUCACCAUCCUCCUCCUCCGCCACCUCCUCCCAUGGGAUUUCUCCCCUCAGCUCUCGAUGUCACACCCUCAGCCUUCGUCACAGUCAAGCUCCCCUUGAGCGAAUCCGAAUCCUAUCCUCUGACACUACGAUUUGAUGUGGAGGAAUCAGAAGAAGUCUGUGGUCCCGCCAGCAUCACCCUCAAUGGCGAACCCCUCAAGCAAGACGCCAAGGGUCGCGGUGUCGGAUCUUUCCUCGUCAACAAUGAGACCACUAUUUCAGCAGACUGGGACUUCGAAUGCAUCGGUCCCAAAGAGUUUCCCUUCGGCCAGUCUAUGCGCUUUAAUGUCAAGGCUCUCGACGACAUGGCUCUUACUCAGGAGUCUUCCUUCUGGAUGACUUUCAAGCAAACCGCACCAGUCCGAAUCUCCGAUGUUGGAAACGCCGCCUAUGUUUGGAGUCUGUCAAUGCCUUUCAGCAAGGACAAGGAGUCCUCCUCUGACGACAAAUCCGCUUCUACAUCACCCCCCAUCUGGGAGUAUCCCGACCGCGAUUUCCAGGACCCCGAGGAGGAACUUCAGGUUGAGCUUAUGGAACUGAAUGCUUUGCACAAGCAGAUUCUUCAGCUUGAGGAACUGGUGAAGGAGAGGGAGGCAUCUGUUGCUAAGAAGCUGGGCAAGCAGUAUCCUCCCCCACCCCCCUCGACCAUGAAGAAGAUCAAGCAGUGUGAUGGCGUGCAGUGUGUUCUGCACACUGUUGGUGAGGAGCCUCCUCACCAUCCCAUCAUUAUCAUCCUUGGAAUCGUGACCAUUGCUCUCGCUCUUUUCUGUGCUAUUGCUAUCGCCUACAUUCACCGCCGUGUAGCGCGUCUCAGCCCCGAGGCUCGUCGUGCUAUCCGCCGGGCAUUCCGCCAAACUCGCGACGAGCGUCGUAAGAACUCUGCUCUGAAGGCUGCUUACCGUGCCUUUGUUACUCGAUGGAUCGAGAACGAGGAUGAUGAGAAGGAGGCUAUGCUCAGCGGUGAGCGACGCCGACGAUCAUCUUCCUGCAGCAGUGUUACCAUGGAAGAGGAGAUUGCUUCCUUCCGUGAGGCUGCUCAUAUGGUUGAAGGCAUCGUCGCUGCCGAGGAGGGUCACCACAGUCAUGCUCGUUCUUACAGUUACGCUGCCGGUCCUCCUGUUCCUCCCCGUCCCUCGCACCACACUGCUGCCACAGCAUACCCCGGCUUCAUGGAGACGGAUGAAAACCUUCCUGCCUACGACGACGAUGAGCGUGACUCGUCGGUUGUAGCAGAUGGAUGCCGAUACACUCCUGGCAGCUCCGAUUAUACCCCUUCAAACUCCGGGUCCAAUGCCAGUGAUGUCCUGGGGGAUACGAAGAACUAA